AAGACAUGGACGGGCUCCAGCCUCCAGGGCUGCGGGUUCCUGUGCUGGCCGCCCUGCUUUUGGGAGUUGGCCAGGCACGCCCCAUCCCUGAUUCUAGCCCUCUCCUCCAAUUCGGGGGCCAGGUCCGGCAGAGGCACCUCUACACGGAUGACGCCCAGGAAUCGGAAGUACACCUGGAGAUCCGGGCAGACGGCACCGUGGCAGGGACUGCCCGCCGGAGCCCUGAAAGUCUCUUAGAAAUGAAAGCGUUGAAGCCAGGCGUCAUUCAGAUCCUGGGGGUCCACACAUCCAGGUUCCUGUGCCAGAGACCAGACGGGACGCUGUACGGCUCGCUCCACUUCGACCACAAGGCCUGCAGCUUCCGGGAGCAGCUGCUGGAGGAUGGGUACAACGUGUACCACUCAGAGACACACGGCCUCCCGCUGCGCCUGUCUGCCAGAGACCGAGCCCCCCGGGGCCCAGCCCGCUUCCUGCCACUGCCAGGCCCUCCUCCUGACCUCCUGGUGCCACCCCUGCCACCUGACGUCCUAGCCCCUGAGCCCCCCGACGUGGACUCCCCAGACCCCCUGAGCAUGGUGGGGCCCUUGCUGGGCCAAAGCCCCAGCUACACUUCCUGAGGCUGCUGCUGCUGCUACUGGCAGCCCACUGAUGGGUCUUCUUUUUAUUUAUUGAGGUAUUUAUCUUAUUUAUUUUUUUCUUACUUGGUUUAAUAAAGAUACCGUGUGAAUGU